GUGGAGAUCGAUUUGUUUAAAUAUGGCGGCUUCGGAUGCUGGAUUGCGACAGAGACUGAUCCCGGAAUCAGAGGCGUCCGACUGGGACCCAGACCUGCCGUACGGCGGUAAAGUCUACCUGGCCAGGAAAAAGAAACCGGAUCCUCUCUAUGUCAAAGUUAUUGAGGCGGUGGUGUUGAUUUCUACCCUGAGUUUCGCUCUUUAUGCCUACUAUUAUUUCGACCAUCUCCACUUCAACGUGACGUAUGGCUACGCUUGGUUGGGGUAUCCAAGUGCAAACCAUCAGAUUGGACAGAGGUAUCUUCAUGGAAAGGGUGUGGAAAAGCACAUAGGGAAAGCCAUGGAACAUUUCAAAAAAGCUGCUGACCAGGGCCAUCCCCAUGCAGCUUAUAAUUUGGCCAUUGGUCACCUGAAGGGCUACAAGUCCGGCCUCAGACCGGGAGAGGCUCACAAGCUGAUUCAACAUGCUGCAUCUAAAGGUGUGAAGGAGGCCCAUCAGGUGCUGAAUGAGGUGUGCUCCAGGGGUGGCUGUAAAAACUAACUACAGGUGCAUACCUAACUAUAGGACACAGGUGCACACAUAUAACUGUAGGUCACAGGUGCACAUCUCUGUAAACCUGGACAAGGAUCAACAACGAAAUGAAUACUAGUAAUUUGGUUGAACAUUCACUGAAUGAUAAAAUAAAAUCUACUGCUGUAAUUUUAUGCAUUGAAUAUGUUGAAUUUAUUUAAAAGUUAACAUACUGCUUAAUGUUGUGUUUAGUAUAGACGUUGAUAUAUUUGUAAAUCAUUUUUUUUUUUGUUAUUUAGAUAUAUAAACAUUCCGUCCAUUUUCAAAUGUUGAUCUGCUGACAAUUAUAGCUUUUUUGCAUUUUUUUUCUCUUCAAAGUAGAUUUUAUUCCAUUAGGAGUGUUG